UCCCGCGCCACCUCUAUCCAUGUCUUCUUCUAGCUCCCGUGCCACCUCUCGGUUCGAGCUUCCGGUGCGCAUGGAGAUGCCGAUCCUCCUCUGUCCGCGGUGCCGGGCGCCCGUUGAUCGGAGGAUUUCGCGCACACCGAAGAACACCAAUCGUCCGUUCUACGUGUGCAGCAGCGAGAAAGGGAUAAAAUGCUUCUUCGUUUGGGUCGAUGUUUUGCUCCAGACGCUGAUGAAUCAGCUGCUAGAUGAGCACGAAGAAUGGUUGCCCAUCUUGCCACAGACGACACGGGUCGCCGCGAUAGCUAGUGCAGAAGAGACGCAGGGCGGAUCACGCAUUGACAGAGAGGUAGCUUUUGAGCUAAGGUGGAUGAACCAGAAGAUUAGAGAGCUCGAAGAUCAAUCAAAAAUUUGGAAUUACAUUUGUGCAUUUGUAGGUGGUAUUGUUAUCGCACUAGGUUUAAUGUUGACAUUGUAUGGAAAGGCAUGA